GUCCCUGUUCAACCUCUCGUGCUGCAUCUCUCGAAGCUGGUUGGGGAACGAGAGCGCACGUAGAGACAAUCGUUCUGGCUUAACUUCGUGGGGGUACAAAUCGAAAAGCUUUUAACGAUUAAAAAUGGCUACCACUUCCACCGACGGAACAGAUCAGGAAUCCUCUACUCCUAGCGAUCAAAACCCAACACUGGAAACUGAGAAAAGCGAAGAGAAAGCAGAGGGCCUUGUCUCGGAACAGGAACCGGUUGGUAACGAGACUGUAAAAAUGGACGUGAACGACGGACAAGAAGGAGCAACAGAGGAGGACGAGAAACCAUCGCCCGUACCCGAAGUCUGCCCAGAAACUACACCAACAGCUGUCAUCACUAAGGAGGAAAGCGAUGUGGUAAAUUAUAUGGAUUGUGACCUUACGGAAUCCGGCAAAAGUCCGGAGCAGAGAAGCUCGGCGAGCUGCAACGGCACCGGAGACGGGACGGGGGAGCCGAAACAAGAACAAAGGGAAGAGAACGUGUCCUCUCCCAGCGACUGCAUGAAGAGCAAAGCCGAUGAUUGUACAGAUAAAACCGAUCAUGGCAUAAAGAGACGAGCCAGCGUAGAAAUGUCUUCGUCCGAUGGAGAGCCUUUGAGUCGAAUGGAUUCAGAAGACAGUAUCAGCAGCACGCUGAUGGACCUGGAGAGCACGGCGUCCAGCGGCCGCUCCACGCCGGCCAUGAUGAACGGGCACGGCGGCACCGUGGCCCCCGCCACCAAGGGCGCCUCGUCUUAUCCGUGCCACUGGGACGAGUGCCACAUGCUGUACAGCACCAGCCCUGACCUGGCCGAGCACAUCCGAGGCGUGCACGUGGACGGCCAGCGCGGAGGGGUGUUUGUGUGCUUGUGGAAGGGCUGCAAGGUGUACAACACGCCCUCGACCAGCCAGAGCUGGCUACAGAGACACAUGCUGUCCCACAGUGGAGACAAGCCCUUCAAGUGUGUGGUCGGUGGUUGCAAUGCCACCUUUGCCUCCCAGGGGGGGCUAGCGCGCCACGUGCCCACCCACUUCAGCCAGCAGAACUCAUCCAAGAUGUCCAGCCACUCCAAAGUGAAGGAGGAGUCGCCCUCAAAAGCUGGAAUCAACAAGCGGCGGAAGCUGAAGAACAAGCGUCGACGCUCGCUGCUCUGUCUCCUUCCCGCAGCGCGGCCGCACGACUUCUUUGAUGCCCAGACGAUGGACGCCAUCCGGCACAGAGCCAUCUGCCUUAACCUGGCCACUCACAUCGAGAGCCAGGGCAACGGUCACAGCGUGGUCUUCCACAGCACGGUGAUCGCCAGGCGAAAAGAGGAUUCUGGGAAGGUGAAGAUUCUCCUGCACUGGACUCCUGAGGACAUCUUGCCGGACGUGUGGGUGAACGAGAGCGAUCGGCCACAGCUCAAGACCAAAGUGGUGCAUCUCUCCCAGCUGCCUCAGGACACAGCCGUGUUGCUGGACCCCAACAUCUACAGGAUGUUCUUCUAGGCCCGGAGGGAGGCCCGUGUCGUGACCUGCUGAUGUCCGCGCAGUGACGUGGACGACCGGAACAGUCGAGACAGGAGAGUUUCUUUUUUUUUUUUUUUUUUUGGUUUGGUCGUUUUGUUUUGUUUUGUUUUGAUUCCCUCCCUGUUCUGUGCUUCUUUAUUUUUUUUUUCAAUUUUGUGUCAAUCUUUUGUUUUCAUAGUUUGCCAAAGUAUGCAGUGACUUUUGACUUCUUUUUUUUUUUUAUAACUUUUUUUUUAUUUUAAGGGAUUCCUCAAAAUUAUGAAACAAACAAAAAAAAAAAAACGUAUCUGGUGCUGAAGUUUUGUCAAGAGCUUGUCUAGGAACUUCCUUUAAAAAAGUAUGUUUCCUUCAGUAGAACACAUAUGAUUGAAAAAGCGGGUUUUCCUUUUCCUACACCAUUUCCUCUGUAGAGGUUUGUAUUUGUAGAAAAACUCGUCACUGUAAAUAUUCCUGGAGAUUUGUAAUAUAUUUUUAUACCAUGAAAAGUUUUACCGUGCUGUACUUCUACUGUAGAUAGACGUGAAAUCUCACAACCUGUUUUCUCCUUUAUAUUUCUGCGUUUGAAGAAAAGCAUAAUUGUACAUAAUGUGAUAAUAAAGUAGAUUCGAUGGAUCCUGGGCUUUUCUCUCGUCCCUCAGCGCAGUCAGUCUAAAGGCAAGAUUAAGCGAUCUCCCUCACUUCAAUGUAAAGGCAAGAUUAAGCGAUCUCCCUCUCUUCAAUCCUGUAAUUUGUGAAGCACUGGUCUGUCUCAACCUUGUGGGGUUUUUGCAUCUAAUGAUUCACUUCGUCUGCUUCCUCAAUAAAACGGAUGAAGUAUCACCAUCAGGCCAAGUAUAUAUUCAACGUAUGUGUUUUGUUUUUCUGUAUGUGUACGUAUAAACGACUGUGCUGGGGAUCGGACAUGAUGGCAGUAUUACGCUCAGAUCUCUGGUGCUUUGUAUGUGGGAAGAGGCUUUGCAUAGAAAUGUCAGCCGUGAGAAUAGCUGUGUUUUAGUCUCCCGAGUCGUGAGCACUUCACUUCUUGUCUUAACAUUGCGUAAGAUGGGAUGUCAAACUCUGUCUUUGUAAUAAAAUGGAAUAUUAAUUUUAAAAUGCCA